AUGUGUUGUUACUUUGCCACUAGGAUUGUUUACGGCCUGCAACCGGAGGCUCUGAUGAUGUUGGAUGCAUUGGGUGAUGAAUUAUACAAGGACAGUACCCUGAUUAUGAAGAUUCUUAGAGACAAUCUCACUUUCUGGACUUCAGAUAUGACUGACGAAGCAGGAGAUGAGAUCAAGGAGGCAGAACCAAAGGUCUUGUGCAAAUGUCAUUCUUGUUUCACUGUCUUGUCGGAACCAAAGCAUAGUUAA